AAUGUCCACACUGAUCCUCUCUGUGUUCCUUUGCUAGAGGAGCUGCGUGAGUGUGGUGUGCACGAGUGGCUGGCGUCGCUGUCUUUCAGUGACCCUGAUUGUCCAGACCUGCAGCUGACCAUGGGAGCAGUAAUCGUGGAGGAAAUGCGGGCAGCUGUAGAAGCAGCCACUGGAUUCAGAUGUUCAGCUGGGAUUUCGCACAACAAGGCACUGGCAAAACUGGCCUGUGGGUUGAACAAGCCCAACCGCCAGACACUAGUAUCUUCACGAUCUGUCCCACAGCUCUUCAGCCAGAUGCCUGUUAGCAACAUCCGAAACCUGGGGGGGAAGCUGGGUGCUGCCAUCACAGACAUCCUCGGAGUGGAGUACAUCGGGCAGCUGACACGGUUCAGUGAAAUGGAGCUCCAGACUCACUUUGGAGACAAGACGGGGUCCUGGCUCUAUGACCUGUGCAGAGGAAUUGAAGAUGAACCUGUUAAAAACCGCUACUUAACCCAGUCCAUUGGCUGCAGCAAGAACUUCCCUGGGAAGACAGCCCUGGCCACACAGAAGGAGGUGCAACACUGGAUCCUGCAGUUGUCCUUGGAGCUGGAGUCCAGACUGAUCAAGGACAGGAGCCAGAACAGCCGAGUGGCCAAGCAGCUGAUGGUGGUUAUCCGCAUGCAGGGAGACAUCCGGCUGUCGCGCUGUUGUGCUCUGUCCCGCUAUGAUGCCCAGAAGAUCAGCAGUGAUGCCUUUUCCAUCAUCCAAAACUGUAACAUGGCUGGGGCUCACCAGGCAGCCUGGUCUCCGCCGCUUAUAUCGGUGCUUCUCUCUGCAAGCAAGUUCUCAGAAGCUCCCACGCUCCUCUCUGCAGGCAUCGCCACCUUCCUGACCAGUGAUACUCAGGCUGAUGGCGCUGCCACCGCCAGCGCAAAGACCGCGUCUUCUAGGAGCCCGAGGGUCAAGUUCUUCAGGAGUCCAAGCAAAGAGCACAGACAGAAGCCGGCUAACGCUAUUGAGUCUUUCUUCCAGAAGGCAGCAGAAAGGCAGCAAGUGCAGCUGCCCAGCCUGCCAGCUACCACCAGCACAGAGUCACCUGUGCCUGGCUCCCCGGAGCAUCAAGUGAGAAAUGGUGUUGGACUCGCCUCUGGGCAGUGCGACCUGGAGUCCCCUGUGAAGCACAGUCCCAGAGAGGGGAGCUCUACCUCUCCUUACAAGAGACUUCCCUGUGAAAAAUCGCUGUCUGAUGUUACACAAAUGCCCUCGACCCCCCCAGACUCCAAAGUCCUUUUGAAAUUAGAGCAAGCUACAGAGGAGAAUGAGCAGAAUUUGCCACCCUCUCCUGAGCUCACCCCAUUCCCUCACGCCUCGCCGGGGGACCAGCAGUGCUGUGAGAAGUGUGGCCAGCACGUGCUGGCAUGGGAGCUCCCGGAGCACAUGGACUACCAUUUUGCUGUGGAGCUGCAAAGCUCCUUCCUGGAGCCCAGCUCCCCCCCGGCUCCAGAAGCAGCUCUUAGCCCAAGGGCUGCAGCUUCCAGGUCUCCCGCCAAAGCCAAGAGCAAGCCUAAGACUCAAGCAGGCUCUAGUGCAAAACGACCUAGAGAAGGUGUGACAAGAACUUUAGAUUUUUUCUUUAAACGCUUACCUCCUUAACUCCCAGCCACACUGGGGUUUUUAGAUAAUCAGUGUUUUUUAAAUACAAUUGAAAGUUUUUAUACCGGCUGUCACGUUUUAAUGCAGAAAAGUCUAAUAAAUUACCUCUACCCCAAAAGCAGAAGUGGAACUCACGAGUAGCGUGGUGCUGGAUGUACCGAGCUUUGCCAUUGAUUGGGUAGAUUCUGGUGGCAGCUAGCUCACCCCUGCUUGAUGCUACCAGAAGCUGCAUUAUACUUUCACAUACACCUCCUGCUAUGGGUAUUUCCAUAGCUUCGCUGCGCCAUUAGUAAAUCUAUUCCUAUAGCUCUUUCCUGUGGUGGGACUAGCGUCUCCCCACCCUGUAAUGUGGGAACUGAAGCACAGAGACAGUGACUUAUCCCAGGAAUUCUCUGGCUAAGUGAAGUCU